GUCCUGCAAGAAGUCAUGUUUAGCCAGACGAGCAAAAGAAAGCCGUGGAUCGAGGCCAAAAAAGAAAAAUCAUGUAUAGUCUGCGCUCCUUUCCUAGGACUUUGAGUGAUGCGUCCAAACACGAGGGGAUUACUAAAUGACAGCGUGCACAGACCUCCCCUCCAGUGCGUCACCAACCAACUGCAGCCUGCAGAGUCAGGACAAACCGUCCAAUGCUGCAAACCCAAGUCGCACACGUGCGACGACACGACCCUCUCGUCUCCACCACCGGAAGACGACGCGCAGGCGCAGCCCACCAACACCAACCACGCACCACGCACCACGCACGAUAUCAAGAGUCGGCCCGGCUAGCUAGCCACCGGCCGGUGGCGUCGCAAGCAGCAGCAGGCAGCAGCACAUCCUGAGCGCAUCCAAGAGAGGAGCGAUGGAGACGGAGGAGGCGGCAGCGGCGGAGCAGCUGCAGCAGGAGCAGGAGCAGUGGCGGGGCACGGUGGAGGCGGCUCUGCCGUCGACCCCGGCCUCGGCGGCGUGGCCGCACAUCGCCAGCUUCUGCGCGCUGCACCGGUACCUCCCGGGCAUCGACGUGUGCGAGCUCGCGGCGGGGGAGGACGGCCGCCCCGGGUGCGUCCGCUACGUGGCCUCCCUGGCGCCCGCCGCCGCCGGGGCAGGGGGCGCGGGGCGGGAGGUCGCCAACUGGGCGCGCGAGGAGCUGCUGGAGAUAGACGGCGGCGCACGCCGGCUUGCGUACGCCGUCGUCGGCAGCAGCAUGGGGUUCGGCCGCUACGUCGGCAGCAUGGCCGUCGUCGCCGACGACGAGGACGAGGCGGCCGCGGCGGCGGGGCGGUGCAGGCUGGUGUGGGCGUUCGAGUGCGAUCCCGUGCCGGGGUGGAGCCUCGACGGGCUGCUCGGCUACCUCGACGGCGGGGUCAAGGCCAUCGCCGCGCGGAUCGAGGAAGCCGAAACUGCCGCCGCCGCUUGAAAUAAAGCUCCAGGAGCCAUCAACAUCAGUCGCCCCGUCUACCGCCGAAUUGUCGCCUAAUGAUUGGCUGCUAUCUCGUCAAACUCAUUCUAUUAAUGCAUUGUUAAUCACAUCACACUUCCCUCUGGGUCGUCGCUUGCUUUGCUUGCUUGUCUCUCCUUCCUUGUCUACCGUGGUGUCUGUACGUGUGGUGUCAGGCAGGCCGCUUGAACCUUGAAAGGGACACUUGGCUCCUGUUGUCUCCAUUCCAUGUCGAUAUGAGAGAUUAUUCUCCUUUCAAAAAGAAAAAGAUAUGAGAGGUUAUUGUGGGCCCAACCGCCCAGUGGGCAACCAGUGGACUGUGAUGGAUGAUGCUCCUCCAUUGGCUCGGCGUUGCUGGACCACGGAAAGAGACUUGUAUUAGCUUGUUCGAUCGAUUCUGAAUUCUGAUAUGAAUAUAUGAUCAGUUGCUUGA